ACUUCGCGAGAUGUAUACAAAGCAGCAGAGUUGCAGAAUAUUUGUUUGGCGCCUGACAAUGUAAACAUUUGUACUGUUUUCUAUGAAUGCUGUGACAGGAUGUCCCAAGGGGGUUGUUACUGCUGCAACCCUGUUUCAACAGGAAUGGAUGUAGACAGUGCACUACAUGAACUAGGAAUGAUCAGUUCUGUAACAAACAGCAGAAGGGAAUACCUACAUGAGCGAAACAGGACCUGUGUGAAAGAACCAGCUAGUUCUAGGUUUAGAAUUUUACGCAUAGAUCCAACAUAUGUGACAGGGUUUAGUUCCAGUACAUCCACUGAUCCUGGCUCACCAUAUAAACAAGAUCAAGAUUCUAGUCUCCAACUUCCGGCACAUUCCCAGCCAACAACUGGACAUUCCAAGCCAACACUAGGACAUUCCCAACCAAUAGUGUCAACAGAAUUUGGAACCAGUUAUAGAAAUCCAGAGGAAGAGGCACAUGUACGAAGGAAUAUGAAGUGCAGGAUGACACGCAUGUCGAGACUUCGUGCUGGUCGCUAUCAAAGGUUUCGUAAGCCUUAUGAAGUCCCAUGGAGGAUUAACCAAUCUCUCCCUGAGACAGAGCUCAGGCAAACAGAGAAUGAGUAUUCACAGUCAAAGUCCAAUUCUUCCUCCCCAGUUAAAGCUUUUUCUGAAACUUCAUUGACAAGGUCAAGGUCGCUUGGUAACCUUGACCUUGCAAAAUUAAGUUUGAAUGAUUUUCUAGAGAAGAAAGUUACCACAACUGAAAAGGAAGAGAUGGAAAGAGUUUCCAGUCAUCUAGAAAAUCUGCAUGUCACAGAGACAUCAUGACAAAGGAUGUAUUUAGAACAUAAUAGCUAAAAACUUGUUACUGUUAAUAUUUAUGUUGAGUCAGUAUGAAAGAUAAUUGAGUAUUUAUUGUGAGAGAAUAUUUAUUGUGUUUGAGUGAAAACUGGAAGGAAAUUAUAAUUUAUAUGAAAUCUGCCUGUAAAUGUAGGUAUAUUAGUAUUAUCCAAGAAAUAUUUAUCUUUCUCUAACUUGCUACCUAAGGCUGUCCAAAGUUAAUUUUACAUUUAACAUCACCCACAUGCAUAGGUUUCAGAAAAAUUGGCACUUGAAAAAGCAAACAAAAUCAAUAUUUUUUAAGUUUGUAUUCUGGUUUGCUUUGACUUUUAGCAACUGAAAACUGCAUUCCAUAGAAACAGAUAACAUUUGGGCCUGUAUGAGGUAUAUUUGAGAUUUGGCUAUCAUUUAUACUUAGACAUUUACUAAAAAUUAUCAUUAAACAAUAAGCCAACAUGAUGCACAAACAGGGUUGUCCCUUUCUGCAGUUUAUUUGUUUUGAUUCUUGUAAAUGACUAAAUACUCAUUUGUUUGAAAUUUUUUAAAUUUUUUUUUCUCCCUCUCUCAUAGGUUAUGAAGUAUUUAAGAGUCAUUAAAUGUAGAAUUAAUUUUAGCCAGCCUAAAAUUAUUACUGGAAAGAAGUAAAAAUGUUAUAAUUUACAGACUUUUACCAGUCUGAGUAAAGAAAACAACGACCACAGGAAUCAACAUUAACUUUCAGAUUUACUUGCCCUUCGGCAAGUGAUCUCAAACUUUGACUUGUCCGAACGCAAAACUUGGUUGCCCAAAAUAAGGAAAGAACUUGAGAAGAAAUGUUUUAUUACUGUAAAUGUUAUGACAAGAAAAAAUGUGACCAAAUACACUACUGUCAAUUUGGCAAGGUGAGGUACCUGAAAAAAUUUUGAUGCUGUGUUUGUACAUAAAUGUAUACAACUGUCCUUGUAAAUUUAACCUGUUAACACACACUGCCAUAUAGCAAUAACCCUCCGUUUUAAUAAAAUUCAUAUUUUUAAAAAUUAUUUUCAAUAGGAUUCUUUUGUGGAUCGUUAUUUUCUGAGAUAACUGUGAAACAACGCUGAAGGAAGAUAGAAUAAAUAAUCUAAUUUGCAAAUAAGAAGUUAACAAAGAUAUUAGACGAACAGCAUAUUUACCAGGGGGGGGGGAAAAACGGAAAAACGAACCCCAUUUUCAAAUGAAAGGUAUAAUCCAGAAGUGCUGACAAGGAAUUCUGAAUGCAAAAACAAUGUCAGUCAGGUACCUGGCGGAAAUCAAGUCUUCAAUUUAUUUUUUUUUUUUUAUAUAAAUUAAUAUAAACUAAAUAAAUAUGUACGUUUCUAUGAGAAAAAUUCACUUGCCCGAUUAGACAAGUACGUCGUAAGAUUCACUUGCCCGAACUGAGAAUUUACUUGUCCCGGGCAAUCGGACAUCCGUUAAUGUCGAUCCCUGAACCAUGAAUUCUGUUUGUCCUGUAUCUUUAUUUUUUAAUUUUCUUCCAUCCUUUUUUUUUUAAGCAAAACCUGUACUGAUUGAAGUGAGCACCAAAUUGAUGUGUCUAUAAAUUACUAGUAUUACAAUAUGUGCAAAAAAAUUAAUUUCUUACACAUCUACAUGUAAAUAGAAGUUGAAUUUCACACUUUCAUGGUACAUUAAAAAAAAAACUGUGUUGAUAUAUUCCACGAUUGUUACCCAAGGAUAUUUCCAGAUUUAGUUGACAAGUAUGUACGUGUAUGAUCAUUUUAUUAUUAUACUCAAGUUAAAGUGUGCAGUAUGUACAGUAGAUAGUAAAAAUGUCCACAGUUUUUUUUUUUAAAUAGGUGGGGGUACAUUGCAAUUUUAAAUGUCAUCAAAUCCUAAAAAAUAAUUGCUAAUUAGUGAAUUAUUUCAGAUGCAUCAUUUUAAACAUACUCAUUUAAUUAAUUAUCAAAAAAGAUCAAAGAGUAUUAAAGCAAAAACACUGAUUUUAAUUUUGAAUGUUUGGAUGUUUGUGGAAGUGAAAAUAAAUUACUGAAGAAUAUGCUGUCAUGAGCCAGCUGAAAUAUUAAAUGGAAUAUAAACAAGGAGCAAUAUUUGUGACUCUGGUUGUGCCAUUAUAUGUAAUGGAGAUCAUAUUUGAGUUGCUAUUUAUGUUUCAAACUGAAAAGUUUGUCGUAUUGUUUUGAUAUUGUACCACAAGGUUGAUUACAUUUUUGUAGAUGCCAUUUGAAUUUCUGAUGAAACUUCUUCUUUAAAAUAUAGAACAACCUACAUUGAAUAUUGCAAUAUAAUCAGUUAGACUGAAAUGAAUACUUGUUUUCAUUAGUUUGACAUGAAUGUUAUAUUGUGUUUGACUUUGAAAGUGGAUGAUGCACAUGGUUACAGGGUUGUCUGCA